UGGAAAUUGCUGUCUUCGUUUCUCUGUGUGUUCCCAAUGGCUGCUUCUGGUUCCAAGAACAACCACCCUCCUCCCUCUUCUUCCAAGCCUCCCAAGAACCAAAUCGUCAUCGCCGACCCACAAAUCCCAAACCCCGGCCCCUCCACCUCCGCCAUCACUCCUUCCCGUGAAGACGUGGUCCUCUCAAGCGCCUCCCACCUCACGCGCCAAGAGCUCCUCCGCCGCCGCUCCCACAACCUCAAGGAGCUGACGAAAUGCUACAAAGACCACUACUGGGGGUUCAUGGAGCACCUCAAGAUCCAGUACAGGGAGUACUACUGGAAGUACGGUGUCAGCCCUUUCAAAGAAGACAACAACGCCACCACCACCAAUAACAACAACAACAAUGGAGUCGCUGCUGUUGAAGGCAGUGAUGACAACCACAAUAACAAUCGCCGCUGCGCUUCCGUCGGCUGUAAGUUGAAGGCCAUGGCCUUAACCAGCUUCUGCCACCUCCACAUUCUUUCGGAUUCGAAGCAGAGGCUCUACAAGGCUUGCAAUUAUGUUAUCAAGAGUGCUCAGGCAGGACCUAUAACAUGUGGGAAGCCAAUACUGAGAUCCACUACCCCUUCUCUUUGUACUGUCCACUUCCAAAAGGCUCAGAAACAUGUAACCAGGGCCUUGCGGAAGGCAGGGCUUAAUGUUUCCUCAUCAAGUAAGCUUGCUCCCAAGUUCCAUGUGAUAGUGGCAGAAUAUGUACGCCAAAUCCAAUCCACACGAAGAGCCGCACGAAAGGAAAAUAAAAGUAAAGUUGCAAUAAAGGAAGAAAUUGCUGAUUGACGCCCAUCCUCUUUCUCCUUAAACUGGAUGCAUGGUGAACCUGCUAAUUGUGUAAAUGAAGCAAAACUAGAGGUGUGAUUCUUUUUUUGAUUCUUUCUCGCUUGGAUCUUCAAAGCAUCAGAUUUUGGUGAUGAGAGAUGCAGUAUAGCUUUGAUUGUCCCAUGGAUUGUAUGGGGUGGGUAGAGUUUUAUUUUGAUUUUGAUUUUAUUAUUUUUUCUCCUAGUCAAGUUUUUAAGAGCUACAAGAGACGAAGUUCUUAGAGUUUAUUAAUUGUAUUACUUCAUUUUCAGUAUGGUAGUUUCUACUUUAGAUGUCUUUAUUUAUGUAAUUUUAACGUUAUGGUGCGUAUUUAGGCAAUGCUAUGUUGAUUCAGUGGGAUAUUUCAUUUUA